AUGGCAAGUCUCCUACCAACCAUUGUAUCCAUUGUAAUAGUGGUAGAAUUUGUUCUUGGAAAUUUUGCCAAUGUCUUCAUUGCACUGGUGAACUGUGUUGACUGCAUCAAGAAAAGGAAGAUCUCCAUAGUUGAUAAAAUUCUCACUGCUCUGGGUGUCUCCAGGACGGUUUGGCUUUGGGUAAUAUUGAUGAAUUGGUCUUCAACAGUGUUUUAUCCAGAUUCACAUAAGAGGCAAGUCAAAUUCAUUACAGUUGCCUGGGCAGUAGCCAAUCAUUUUUCCAUCUGGUUUGCAACUACGCUCAGCAUAUUUUAUUUGCUCAAGAUACCCAAUUUCUCCAACCGGAUUUUCCUUUAUCUUCAGCAGAAAGUGAAGCAUGUCAUUGUUGCUGUCCUUUUGUCGAUGUUAAUCCUCUUGUUUUCUAACUUCACAAUGGCUAAUGUAUGCAUGAUGAUGCAGGUGAGUGUACAUGGAGGAAAUGUGACUGGGGUGAUCCAACUGAGUGACACGGCAAGACUUACAGUGGUCAUUUUCUCCACGCUCUCAAAUGCAAUACCUUUCAUGGUAUCCUUGAUCUGUUUGCUGCUGUUAAUCUACUCCCUUUGUAAGCAUGUUAGAAAGAUGAAGCUUCAUGGAAAAGGAUCCCAAGAUCCCAGCACUGCAGUCCACAUGAAGGCCGUGUACACGGUGGUUUCCUUUCUCUUGCUACUUCUCAUGAACUUUCUGUCUCUAAUCACAUCUUUGUGGUAUUCUAAUAAACCACUUGCUGAGCCAGUGCAUUUGCUUUGCCAAGCUAUUGGGAUGUUAUAUCCAUCAAGCCAUUCAUAUGUCCUGAUAUGGGGAAACAAGAAGCUCAAACAGGCCUUUCUAUUAGCAAGGAUGAAGGUAAAAAUUCAUGAUUCCAGACUGAAACAUGUAGAUAAGAGAAAAUUCAAAAUGAUGCUAAUUGGUAUAUCUUUGCAUGCAAGCACACGAAAAUUCAGCACCUUUGUCAUUGUCAGCUACAAGACUUCAGGCUGCUUUGAAGAAGGCAUCUCGUGUCCUCACGACGAAACUGAGCUUUCUGGGAGAUUGAAAGAUUCUCAAUAA